AUGAGCGGUGGCGGCAACUUACCGCGUGCGGGAAGCGUUUGCGCGCGCGGGGGAGAAAGCGGCACACAGCGCGGUAGAUUUGGCGCGCCGCUUCGCGUUCGCCAUGCGCACAGACACAGCCACGCGCCCUCCCCUCGCAACCUCGCCGCUUCGCCGCUUUCCGCACCACCAUGCCGCCGGGGUUCUUCGGGCUACCGCGGCGUCCGCGAGCGCCCCAUCGGCUGGUACUCCGCCGAGAUCCGGUCCGGCGUCGUCCGGCUCGGCCUCGGGUCGUUCCGGAGCGCGUACGAGGCGGCCCGCACGUACGACGCGGCGGCGUGGUGCUUGGAUAGGCCCCGGUCGCAGAUGAACUUCCGGGACGUCUUCACGCGUGAGCAGGCGCAGCGCGUCGCCCCUCCGCCGCGUCUCAUCACCGACAUGGACCGUGCCGACCACGCUCGGCGCUGCCGCCGCCUCCUCAUCGCCGAGGAGGACGAGCGAGCCAUGGCGGAGUGGCGCCGUCGCCACCCGGAGGACGUCGCCGACGAGCGUGCCUACUGGGCGGAGAGGACGGCAAGGCGCCGCGCGGAGCGGGCGGACCGGCGUCGGCGGAAGGCAUUGGCGAAUGCGCAGUGCGAUAUCGUUGCAGCAGGUGGGAGGUCGAUCUUCACGUCAGACGAUGAACGUUGGGACGACAUGUGGCUCGAUACCUCGGACAACACCGACGAGGAUGAUGAUGGUGAUGAUAGCGACUUGGAGUAGUUUCUAUCUAGUUGCACCGUAGUUCUAUCUAUCUAUGCUUUCGAACUAUCUAUCUAGUUGCACCGAUGUAAAAUACCUUUGUAUCGUUUUUUAUCUAUGCAAUUUAUCGUUUUUUAUCUUAUUAUCUAUGCU